AUGAGCGCGCAAGACGAAAACAAGCCGCACGUCGUCGUCGUCGGCGGCGGAAUCGUCGGUGCCUCUAUAGCAUGGCAUCUCACGCGCCAGAACGCCUCUGUGACUAUCGUUGCCUCUGACCUUGGCGGCACCGCUACUCCAAACUCGUUUGCUUGGCUGAACGCUAGCCGGCACAACCCCAGAUUCUACUAUGAUCUCCGACGACGGUCCAUGGUGCGUUGGAGAGAGCUUGCUGAUGAGGUGCCUGGUUUAAAGGAUUUGGUCCAGUGGUGCGGGACAGUAGAAUGGGACCUCUCGCGUGAUGAACUUGCCAACUAUGAGAAGCAGCACAGCGCCUGGGGCUACGAUAUUCACCGUGCAGAACAUAAAGAGAUUGCGGAGCGCGAGCCGUACCUAUCCGAGGACGUUAUACCUGAAUGGGGACUGCGCAUCGGCGAGGAGGGUGCUGUUGAGGCGGCCGAUGCGGCUUCGCUGCUGAUAGCCCAGGCCGAAGCUCAAGGGGCUCGCGUCCUGUCUACGACUGUCACUAACAUCACGAAAAGCGAGAAUAGUAUUCAUGGUGUUACGACCGCUUCUGGUGAGAAUCUCUCCGCCGAUCAUGUUGUAUUGGCGGCAGGCGUGGGCAGCACCGAGCUUUGCACUUCUGUUGGGGUCACUUUACCAGUCACUGGUCGAUCUGGCCUACUUGUUCACUCCAAGCCGGUGGCACAUCGUAUUUUAAAUGGGCUUAUCAUCUCUGAUGGGCCUCAUAUGCGACAAACAGCUGCUGGACGUGUUGUGGCAGGAGCGGGGUUUGCUGGAGGCGACCCGGGCGAGGACCCUCAGGUGACAUCUGACAAGUUGUUCGCUAAGGUGAAGGGGAUGUUCAAGCCAGAGGCCAAUGGUGUUGAUACACUGGAGUUAGACUUCUUCACGGUUGGUUAUAGGCCUACGCCCUUGGAUGGACUGCCGAUUCUAGGUGCAAGUGGGCUGAAAGGGCUUACACUCGCCGUCAUGCACUCGGGUGUUACUCUUGCCGCCAUUGUGGGCGAAGUGCUGGCAGAUGAGAUCGUUCAUGGAACGAAGGAUCCCGCGCUUGACGCCUUUGCACUAAGCCGUUUUAACUAG